GUUUAGUCGCCUCUUACGCCUUCUUCCGUUCGUCACGUCUUGUGCGCGGGUGUACCAAGAUGGCGUCGUUGCUGGAAGAUCGGGAUCUGAGGGAGAUAAGGCAGCGUUUUCAGCGGCAGGCAGAGUCUUUGUUGCAGGGAACGGAGACUGGGGAUAAUAGCGAUGAAGAAAAAAAGAAGAAAGAAAAACCCCUUCCCAGAUUUAAUAUCCAUUCUGUCUUGUGGGUGUUGGCAGCUGCGUCUCUGACGUAUUACACGGACUUCUUUCAAGUUGUAAAAGAAAUUCUUCAGGGAGGCUGCAUGUGGUUGCUCACUGGCACCAUAUUGUUGGCUAUCAGUAUAUCCAUCGCACUGUAUUGCAUUGUUUAUCUGGAGUGGUACUGCAAGAUCAGCGAUUAUGAUAACCAGUAUCCAGCGUUAGUGCCUGUAACAGUUGCUGUCUUCGUAACAGCUGCCGUAUGUUACAAUGUUGCCUUAUGGCCAAUAUGGUCGUUUUUCACGCCAUUUAUACUCUUUACCCAGUUCAUGGGUGUGGUGAUGUUGGUGUCCCUGCUUGGAUGACUGUAUAAAGUUGGUGGAAAGGAAUGGACAUGGAACAAAGUCGUAACACAUGCCAUGGCACUUUUUAAUUUUUAAAGUUAUUCUAAGGGGGUUAUUUACCAAAAUCUAAAUUUUCAAAAUAAAAAAGUCAGACCAAA